UCAAAAGCUGUCCAAGAUGUCCCCAAGCCAAGGAUGCUUUCAGCAGCCCUGUCCUGCUCCCAUGGUAGUCUGUCCGCCUGUCACCACGUUGUUCAGGGCGUCUGGGUCAACAAGCUUGACUUUGAUAAGGCCGAGGAGGUGUUUAUUGAAAAAUCUCAGUUCUUUGUUCCUCCAAAUGUCCUAGCCAUCCCGUCUGUGCGGUCAAGUGCUGGCAACGUGGGGCUGAGGACGCCGGAUGAGGGCUACGUUACAGCCCUGCCUACUCCUGCUACGCCAAGCUUAGCUCCAGAUGUCGUCGCUGAUUCCGCUGCUUCCCUUGUUACCGGUUUGCUUGGCUCCGUACACCAGACAGUAAACGGUAAGCCGCAGAUUUCAAGCUUGCAGGCUCUCAUGUCGGAGGUGUGGUUAGAGAAACCCCUUUAUGAUGAUGCCGAGAAGAGCUUCUACGAGAACAUGUUUGACGGCCAUCCGUCGGGUAAAGUCAGACAGCAGCAACGCGGCGGCCCCGGAGCGUUGAAGACCCACCGUGCUGGGAAGCAAACGGCUGUCAGACACACGGAGAUGGCCACCGACUCUCCGCUUCCCAGCGACGCUGAGCAACCUCCGCCUACCUGCUUUUUUCUGCAUGAGGACAGUGAAACUGUGUGGCUUCAUAAGCCAACGUACGACAGUGCUGAGUCACGAUACUACGCAGCCGAGGCUCUGAAAAUGUCAGGAACGGGAGAGAGCACGGGGAUGCAGGAACCCGCAGUAGUAGAACCCUCCCAACCAGCUGCUUAUCCUCCGAGCGUACCUGCGCCAGAAACGAAAAAAAUGGCAGUUGACUACUUUCUCCAUGACAAGGUCUGGUUUGAGAAAUACAAGUAUGAUGAUGCUGAGAGAAGAUACUACGAGCAGAUGAACGGGCCUGUGGGCAGCUCUUCACACCAGCAGAGUGCAAGCACAACCUCUUCCGCGUCUGCCGGUGACCAGAAUGAACUCCUUUCCAGAAUUUCUCACCUGGAGGUAGAAAAUCAAAACCUUCGCAGUGUUGUUGCAGACCUUCAGAUGGCCAUCUUCAAGUUAGAAAGCCGCCUGAACGCUCUGGAAAAGUCAUCUACCUCCCACCAGCCCUCACCGGUUCCUCCAACCCAGAAAGUGGAACCGUUCAGCGUUCCCUCCAAGAAAGUGGAGCUCCCAUCUGCUUCACCGGCAAAGAAAGUUGAGCCAGCUGCCGCAGAGGAAGAUGACGAUGAUGACAUUGACCUUUUUGGUAGUGACGAUGAAGAGGAAGACCAAGAGGCUGCCAAAGUCCGGGAGGAGAGACUGCGUCAGUAUGCAGAGAAGAAGGCCAAGAAACCGGGUCUCAUUGCCAAGUCUUCUAUCCUUCUGGAUGUGAAACCGUGGGACGAUGAGACCGACAUGGCGAAGAUGGAGGAGUGCGUCCGGUCCGUCCACCUGGAGGGGUUGGUGUGGGGAGCCUCCAAACUGGUCCCGGUAGGCUACGGCAUUAAGAAGCUCCAAAUCCAGUGCGUCGUGGAGGACGACAAAGUUGGGACGGACAUCCUGGAGGAGGAGAUCACCAAGUUUGAAGACUACGUGCAGAGCGUCGACAUCGCUGCUUUCAACAAGAUCUAGAAGCAAAACUGUAUCCCCCUCUGAACCCCUGACCAAUAAAGAGCCAGAUUGGGAGUGCA